UGAGGCAGAGAGAGUGUUACAUUAAUUAAGUGUUCACAAAACAAAGGCAAUUGCAAAUUGCAAAUUGCAAAGCAUCAUUUUCACUUUUCCCUCAUUUUCAGUUUCUCUCUCGUCUCAUCCAUUUGAUAUAUGGUUUUUUGAAAAAGUGUCUCCCCCCGCCACCAAACCCUAGUUUUCUCGAGAAGCAAACGGAAAAAUGCCGAGAGAAAUCAUCACGCUUCAGGUUGGGCAAUGCGGCAACCAGAUCGGCAUGGAGUUCUGGAAGCAGCUCUGUCUCGAGCAUGGCAUCAGCAAAGAUGGCAUCCUCGAAGACUUCGCUACUCAGGGAGGUGAUAGGAAAGAUGUAUUCUUCUAUCAAGCUGAUGAUCAGCAUUAUAUACCACGAGCGCUACUGAUUGACUUGGAGCCAAGAGUGAUUAAUGGAAUUCAAAAUAGCGACUACCGAAAUCUCUAUAAUCAUGAGAACAUCUUUGUCUCUGAUCAUGGAGGUGGUGCAGGAAACAAUUGGGCCAGUGGAUACCAUCAGGGAAAGAAUGUUGAAGAAGACAUAAUGGACAUGAUUGACAGAGAAGCAGAUGGUAGUGACAGUCUUGAGGGUUUUGUUCUAUGUCAUUCAAUUGCUGGAGGAACAGGCUCAGGUAUGGGCUCUUACUUGUUGGAGACUCUGAAUGACCGCUACAGCAAAAAACUGGUUCAGACAUACAGUGUGUUUCCUAACCAAAUGGAGACAAGUGAUGUGGUAGUCCAACCAUACAAUUCACUUUUGACACUCAAGCGAUUGACACUUAAUGCAGAUUGUGUUGUAGUUCUUGAUAAUACUGCACUAAAUAGAAUUGCUGUGGAACGACUUCAUUUAUCAAAUCCAACAUUUUCUCAAACAAAUUCCUUAGUUUCUACUGUGAUGUCUGCUAGCACAACCACUCUUCGAUAUCCAGGAUACAUGAAUAAUGAUUUGGUUGGUCUUCUUGCCUCUUUGAUUCCAACACCAAGAUGCCAUUUUCUAAUGACAGGAUAUACGCCUUUGACAGUGGAACGUCAGGCUAAUGUUAUUCGUAAGACCACUGUACUUGAUGUUAUGAGAAGACUUCUGCAGGCAAAGAAUAUUAUGGUCUCUUCUUAUGCUCGGACCAAAGAUGCUAGCCAAGCAAAAUAUAUAUCAAUUCUGAAUAUCAUCCAAGGAGAGGUUGAUCCAACUCAGGUUCAUGAAAGUUUGCAGAGGAUACGUGAAAGAAAGCUAGUUAACUUUAUUGAAUGGGGUCCUGCAAGUAUUCAGGUUGCUCUAUCCAGAAAGUCACCAUAUGUUCAAACUGCGCAUAGGGUCAGUGGCCUUAUGCUAGCAAGCCAUACUAGCAUACGUCACCUUUUCAGUAAAUGUUUGGGCCAGUAUGAGAAGUUAAGAAAGAAACAAGCCUUUUUAGACAACUACCGGAAGUUCCCAAUGUUUGCUGAUAAUGACCUCUCAGAGUUUGAUGAAUCAAGGGACAUAAUUGAGAGUUUGGUUGAUGAAUAUAAGGCCUGUGAGUCUCCAGAUUAUAUCAAGUGGGGAAUGGAGGAUCCAAACAAUAUGCUAUCAGGAGAAGGCAGUGCUACUGGAUCACUGGAUCCAAAAUCAGUAGUGUGAAGAAACCAAGUACAGAGGUACUACAAGGGAGGGAAAGGAAAGGAUUUUGUGUAAGAUCAGCAAGGUUUCUAAUGAAUUUUAUUUGGGUUACCAGAUGGUUUUCCGUGUGAUAAUUUUGGCUUGCAUUGUUUGUUAAUCAUUUUCACAUC